GUACCGCGCGGCUGUGGGAAGGCAUGGUGUGGUAAGGUGGCUGUCUUGUCCUGUCUUGUCUUGUUGACUCUGCUCGGCUCUGCUCAGCUCGGCUCUGCUGCCUGACCUGGCCUGGUAUGGCAUGGCAUGACAACACACAUCUCACCAGCCUCGCACGCGCUUGCACGCUGUCGACUUGGCUCGGUACGGGCGAGCGACUGGCUCCUCCUCCUCGCUCGUGUACAUCAGCGAGGGCAGCCUACGACUUACAACCUACAACCUACAGCCUACAGCCUACAGCCUACAGCCUACAGCCUACCCUACCCUACCCUACCCAACCGCCACACCAAACACACCAAACACCGGCCAUCCCCCGACUGGCUGCCUACCUACCUAGCCAUGCAUGCACAGACGCGUCGCCUCGCGGCCCAGCAGCCAUAUACCUAGGUACCUUGGGCGUUUGGAACUUGCGUUGAUGGGCGAGGGAUGCUGGACGGACGUGCAUGGGUUGGAAUGGAAUGGAAUGGUAUAGUACCGGAUGGGAGCAUGGACGGGGGAAUGGCGAAUUGACUUGGUCUGGUCUUAACUGCUUUUCUUUUAUUCAUCUCUUUUGUCUCUC